AUGGAUUGGGAGGUAGAGGCAGAGUCGAAUCCAGAUUUGAUGGCCUCGUUGCUGUUCUUUAAGAUAAUACCUAUUUGCGAGUCUGAGCUAACGGACUUGCAGGAGAUGUUCUUAUCACUCCUUCUUGAAAUACUCACUCUCUUCACCUCUGAUCUAACUGAAUCAGAGUUGGAAACUAAGCUCAUACCACGCAUCGAUCAGUGGAUCUCCAUCCUCCCUUACAUGGAUUUGGAUCCUCAGUCUGAGCCGGUCUUGGAACUCGAAUCACUCAUUACUCAAAAGCUCUCAGUGGACGAACUGAAGCGAGGGCUCAUAUCACCUAUUAAUCAAAUAUACUCCAUCGUGGUCUGUUCUCCAGAAUCAAAGCUAGAGUGGGAGAAGAAGCCAACUAAUCUUAUUUGCCUAUCCCCUCAAGUGCAACUAUACUUCGAGAAAGGAAAAUUUUCUGUCGCUGGAGAAGUAGAGUGGAGCAGCAGCAGCAAUGAGGAGUGUUGGUUUAACGAGAGGAAACAAGGUAUCUACUUCCUCUGCCGUAACUGCAACGGCAAGUACCAUGAAGAAUACCAAAAAGCUCAAGUUGUAAUCAAGAACCACCACCUUCAUCCCAAACAUCAUCUCCAACUUGCCACUUUCCUAGACAGAAGCAGAGAAUGUUAUUGUUGUGAUGACGAUCUCUUGGGGGUGUUUUAUUACUGCUCCUCUUGUGAUUUCGCUAUGAACGUCCCUUGCGUGGAGAAGCCGCCACUGUCGUUAUCUAUUGAUCAUCCCAAGUGGCAUGAGCAUCCACUUUCCCUGUUUUCAAGACAUGUUCCUUUGAACUGCAGCCUCUGUGCUUUGUCUGAUUUGAACUCUCCUAUCUAUAUGUGUCCCCCUUGUGGCUUUGUGGUCCAUCUACGAUGUAUCAAAAACUUACCACGUGUCAUACGGAUAUCUCGCCAUCCUCAUCGUAUCUCUUUCACCCAUUCUUUUGAUGACCAAAGAGAUUGGUCUUGUGGUGUUUGUCGUAGAAAGAUAGACAAUGAUUACGGUGGAUAUUCUUGCCUCAAGGAUGGAUGUUCGUAUGCUGCUCAUUCCAAAUGUGCCACCCAGAGCAACGUUUGGGAUGGUAAAGAACUUGAAGGAGAGCCAGAAGAAGCUGAAGAUGAAGAUGUUGAACCUUUUGUGAGGAUAAGCGAUGGAAUCAUACAGCAUUUCAGUCAUGAACAUCAUCAUUUGAAGCUUCAUGAGAAUAUUUAUGAAGAUUACGAUGACAGCAAGCAGUGUCAUGCAUGCAUCACACCAAUCUAUUUCGGUAGCUUCUACUCGUGUACGCAAUGUGAUUUCAUAUUACACGAAGCAUGUGCGAAUCUUUCUCGCAAAAUUUUUCACCCAAUACAUCCACAUAAGCUCAUACUAAUGGGAGAAUAUGAUGGUGGUACAAACGAUUAUAAUUUAUGUUCAGCUUGUCCUAGACAUUGCACUGGCUUCACCUAUAAGUGCACCAAACAAAGAUGUCCUUUUCAGAUUCACGUGCAGUGCGCCACAAUCUCUGAGCCACUACUCCAUGAAAGUCAUACGCAUCCUUUAUUUCUAACAUCCAAACCAGGGGAGUGGAGAACAUGUUCGAUUUGCAAAGACUAUCUAUAUAGUGACAGGGAAACAUUCAACUGCAUUGAAUGUGACUUUGCUCUUUGUUUUGCAUGUGCUACUUUACCUCAAAAGGUUAGGUAUAAGUAUGAUAAGCAUACGCUCACACUUUCUUAUGGGGAGGAGACAACAAGUAGCAUGGUGUAUUGGUGCGAAGCUUGUGAGAAACAAAUAGAUUUGAAGAAACAGUUUUACAAGUGUGAUGAGUAUUGUUGUGUUACUCUACACGUUGACUGUCUCCUUGGGUGGACAUUGUACAUGAGGCCAGGUUCAUCGUUUCCUUACUCGAGUAAACGAUUUGAUGUUGUCCGCAACAAUCGUAUGUCGAGACCUUUCUGCGAGCGUUGUGAAAAGCGUUGUGAAGACAUAAUCUAUUUCCACCGCUUGGGAUCAAUAAUUUGCUCUCUACAUUGUGCUUACUAG